AUGCUCGCCCAGCUCUACACCGCCCCCACCUCCGAAGAGUGCGACACCAUCGCCCGUGAGAUGGCCGCCGCCGUCAACAACGACGGCCUCAUCUCCCUCAAGACCAGCAACAUCCUCCUCAACCUCGAGUCCGAGGCCAAGAAUAAAAAGUCCGGUCUCGCUCGUGAGGGUGCCCUCAUCGGUAUCUGCGCCCUCGCUGACGUCCUCGGCCGUCCCUCCGAGCCCUUCCUCAUCCCUCUCCUGCCCCUGAUCCUCGAUCUCUAUGCCGAUAAGGGCCCCGUCGUCCAGGAUGCGGCCUCAAGAGCUGCCAUGGCCAUCAUGGCCAACAUGCCCUCACAGUCUGCUGCCAUCGCUCUGCCGAUCCUCUUCCAGAGCAUUGGCGGACCUGGAAAGAAGUGGCAGACCAAGGUCGGUGCGCUGCAGCUGCUGGCGGAUCUGUCGAAUGCCUCGCCCAUCCAGGUCGGCAUUACCCUGCCCGAGAUUAUCCCUAUCGUCAAGGACUGCAUGUCGGACACUAAGCAGGAGGUCGCAGAUCAGGCCAUGAAGACCAUGCUCCGUGUCUGCAACGUCGGUGGAAACCCCGAUAUCGCUCGCCACCUCAAGGACCUUUGCGAGUGCAUGGCCCACCCCGAGAAGGUCCCCAUGGUCAUGGAGAAGCUGUCCGCCACCACCUUUGUCGCCGACAUGAACGGCCCCGCUCUCGCCAUCAUGGUCCCUCUCUUGGUCCGCGCCAUGAACGAGCGCUCGUCCCAUAUCCAGCGUCAGACCACCAUCAUUGUCGACAACCUCUGUAAGCUGGUCAAGGACCCUGCCGAGGCCGGUCAGUUCCUUCCCGACCUCUUGCCCGGUCUCGAGCGCAUCAUCGAUAUCGCUGCCGUUCCCGAGAUUCGUGCCUUGGCCACUGCUGCCAAGAACACCUUGAUCAAGGCCGGAGGAGCCACCAAGGUCGACCCUGCUGCCCAGACCGACUCGAUUGUUCCCUCCGAGACCGAGGCCCGCAACGUUGUCAACAAGGCUGUGAGCAAGUUUGGAUUCUUCCCUACAUUCUUUGAUGUCGUCAAGGCCCACAUCUCUCUCUUGACCAUCGUCCUGAUCAAGGAGGACAACCUGUCGCCCCGUGGAUGGGUUUCAAUCCUUGCACCUUUCCUCACCGCCUUCAUGCCCCUCGCGGACGCCAACGCUGUUGUCAACACUGUCGUGGAGCACUAUGUCGAACUGGACCGCAAGCUGAACGGCGACAAGAGCGUGGAGGAGACGGACGAGGGCGAGGAGCUGUGCAACAUUGAUUUUUCGCUCGCCUACGGAGGAAUGAUGUUGCUGAACCACACCAAGCUGAAGCUGCACCGUGGUCGCCGUUAUGGUCUCUGCGGCCCCAACGGAGCUGGAAAGUCGACCCUCAUGCGAGCCAUCUCGCUCGGCAAGCUGGACGGCUUCCCCUCGUCCGAUGUCCUCCGCACCGUCUUUGUGGAGCACUCGCUUCAGGGAGACCAGGGAGAGAUGGCCAUUGUCGACUUUGUUGCCUCGGAUGUGAAGCUCGCCAGCACUGCCCGUCAGGAUGUCGUCAGCGCAUUGUUGACCGUCGGAUUCACUGAGGAGAUGCAGAAGAACACGGUUUCGUCCCUGUCUGGAGGCUGGAAGAUGAAGCUGGAAUUGGCCCGUGCAAUGUUGAUGAACGCCGAUAUCCUCUUGCUGGACGAACCCACCAAUCACUUGGAUGUGGCCAACAUCAAGUGGUUGGAGGAUUACCUGAUCAGCCAGACCAAUGUCACCUCGAUCAUCGUCUCUCACGACUCUGGAUUCCUCGACAAUGUCUGCACCAACAUUUUGCAUUACGAGCGCAAGAAGCUGAAGAUGUACAAGGGUAACCUCUCUGAAUUCGUCAAGGUCAAGCCCGAGGCCAAGUCCUACUACACCUUGGCUGCCACGACCGUCAAGUUUGAGUUCCCCAAGCCCUCGUUCUUGGUCGGUGUCAAGUCCGGCACGAAGGCGAUCAUGAAGAUGACAGACUGCACCUACACCUACCCCGGAGCCUCCAAGCCCUCGCUGCACAAGGUCUCUAUCCAGCUCUCGCUCUCAUCCCGCGUCGGUGUCAUCGGACCCAACGGUGCCGGAAAGUCGACCAUGAUCAAGCUCUUGACCGGAGAGGCCCAGGCUCAGGAGGGUACCGUCUGGAAGCACCCUAACCUCCGUAUCGGAUAUGUCGCCCAGCACGCGUUCCACCAUUUGGAGCAACAUUUGGAAAAGACCCCCAACGCCUACAUCCAAUGGCGUUACCAGGGAGGUGCGGAUCGUGAGGUGCUGGAGAAGCCCACGGUGGCGAUGACGCCCGAGGAGGCGGCGCAGAUGGAGACCUGGGUCAUUGGAAACGAUGGCAGCAAGCGUCAGGUGGAACAGAUUAUGGGUCGUCAGAAGCUGAAGAAGUCGUACCAGUACGAGAUCAAGUGGAAGAACCACGUCCACAAGUUCAACACCUGGAUGCCCCGCGAGAAGUUGCUCGAGCUCGGAUUCGAUAAGCUCAUCCGUCAAUUCGAUGACCGUGAGGCCUCGAGAGAGGGACUCGGAUACCGUGAGCUGUCGCCGGCGUCGAUCCGUAAGCAUCUGGAGGACGUUGGCUUGGACGGAGAUAUUGCGGAUCACAACAUGAUCAGCGGAUUGUCUGGAGGCCAGAAGGUCAAGGUGGUGAUUGCGGCCGCGAUGUGGAACAACCCUCAUAUGUUGGUUUUGGACGAGCCUACCAAUUACUUGGAUCGUGAGUCUCUUGGAGGUUUAGCGGUUGCGAUCCGCAACUGGGGAGGAUCCGUGAUUAUGAUUUCCCAUAAUGAAGAGUUCUUGGGCGCGCUCUGCCCCGAGACCUGGUCGGUCAACGCCGGUCGCUUGACCAUCCACGGAAAGACCGCUGUGCAGGAGAGCAAUUUCGAGGAUGCGGAGAAGCCGAUUGUGGUGGUCAACAAGAAGAAGAAGAAGUCGAGAAACGAUGUCAAGGCCCAGGAGGUUCGUCGUCGUCUCCGUCAUUUGGAGUGGCUCGCCUCGGACAAGGGUACUCCCAAGCCUGCGGACACGGACUCUGACUAA